AUGGCAGAAGAGCAGCCCGACUUCAAGGUGGGCGCCAAGGGCAAGUCGGCCGUCAAAGACACCUUUUUGGACACGAAGUUCCGCGGCGGAAAGGUGGACAACUACUUCAAGGUGUCCCAGCGUGGCUCGAACCUCACGACGGAGAUCCGUGCCGGCGUAACGACCUUCCUCACCGCAGCCUACAUCAUGGCCGUCAACCCGAACAUCAUCAGCACCACCGGCCUGAAUUUCGAGGGCCUCGUCUUCGCUACGGCCAUGUCGAGCUGCAUUGCGACGCUGAUCAUGGCGCUGUGGGCGAACUUGCCCUUCGGUCUGUGGCCCGGCAUGGGCAUGAACGCCUACUUCGCCUACACCAUCGUGGGCUUCAAGGGAACGCAGACUGCCGUGAAAAAAGUGAUGAUGGCUGUAACGAUUGAGGGCGUGAUCUUUAUCAUCAUGUCUGCCCUUGACCUCCGGCGCUACGUCUUCAAGGUCUUCCCCACGUGGAUGAUGAAGGCCACCAUGGCGGGCAUCGGCUUGUUCUUGGCCCACAUCGGACUGCAAGCGGGCAACGGCAUCGACAUCGUCAGGGACCACCCGGCAGUGCUUGUGGACCUUGUGACCCUGACUGGCGAGCACUUUGCGCGCACCUGGAUUGGAAUCGCGUUCUUCUGCGUCAUGGCCCUGUUGAUUCUUCUGCGCGUGAAGGGUGCCGUGAUGAUUGCCAUCAUCCUCAGCGCAGUCCUCUGCUGGAUCUUGGAUGCAGCAGCGGUGGAGCAGUUCUCGUACAAGCCCAUGUGCUGCCUUGGCAGCGUUUCGUAUCCGGAGCCGGCUGCAGGAGGCGUGGAGUGGUAUCCCAAGCCCGGAGGCGGCUACUACCCAAAACCUACGUGCAACAACCCCUUCACUGUGCCCGGAGAAGGGAAGUUGACGGUGACGGAUAAUGUCCGCACUUACACCUUCGAGUCCACUGCCUCUGUGUCCCACACCGGCGGGGUCUUUACCAUCACGAACGGCGGCACUAGCCAGACCCACAGCGGCAGCCUCUACUGGCAGGGCAUUGCAGAAGGCCGCGACUCUACCUUCAAGGGUGGCUGCCAAGACUCGUGCAUGCACAUGCUGGGCGGCUUCGACCCAAUGUGCUUCGGGGCCGUGCUCGUGGAGACGGGUUGCUGGACUGGCAUGUCCUACCAGGACCGCGCCACCGAGAGCCUGCUGGUCGAUGGAUUUGGAGAGGGUUGCCUGGGCGGGGCUGGUCGCAUUCCGAAGACGUUCAGUGCCCCAAGUGCCAUCGCUUCCAUUCCGCUCAUCGACAUUGCGGGGGAUUUGGUGCCUCCCUUCGCUGGAUGGGCCGGCUGCGACUCAAACGGCACCAAUUGCGUGAACGGCGACGUCUCUGGCGGCACAAUUCUGGCAUGGGACACGUCCGGAUUUGGCGACUGGGCAGGCUUCUGGAACCCGUUGCUCACCCUCCUCUACAUCGACUUCAUCGGGACCAUGGGCUUCCUGUAUGCAGCAGCAGACCUGAGCGGGCUGGUCGAUCCCUCAAAGCCGGAGACCUUUCCGGGCUGCUUCGCCGCCUUCAUGGCGGAUGCCGUGGGAACCUUUGUGGGUGGCUUCUUGGGCACCAGCUCUGUCACUACGUACGGCGAGUCUAUGGCCGGCGUGUACGAGGGCGGCCGCACCGGCCUCACUGCGCUUACCAUUGCGUUCCUGAACUUCAUUUGCGUCUUCCUGACGCCCUUGCUCUCGUCUAUCCCCACCCUUUCCACUGGACCUGCAUUGGUUAUGGUGGGCGUCUUCAUGAUCGAGGGCGUGAAGGACAUUGAAUGGGGUGACUACAUGCAGGCAGUCCCGUCCACGGUCUGCAUCCUGCUGCAGAUCACCACUUACAAGAUCGAGGUCGGUGUUCUGGGGGCCUUGAUGGUGUGGACCUUCCUCAUGAUCUUCUCUGGGCGCAUCUUGCUGUACAUCCCCGGAGUUUGGGAUAAGCUGCACCCGAGAGUGCAGCGCUUCGUGUCAUCGCAGGUGGGGGACAAGGAGUUCAUGGAUCGACUGAGAAAGGUCGGUGCGCUCCCCGCUGAAGCUGAUGAGCAGCAGCUUUCCAAAACCGGAGAAGCCGAGAUGUGA